UUGGUUUUUUUGGCAGCCCAAGCUCGAAGCAGAUCACCAAUACCCAGGGCAGGUGGCGAACGGCGUACGGCAUGUGCGGUCAUGUUUUAUUAGAUGUUUGACGUUUUUGGUAACGGGGCGGGUACGAUAUGGGAGGGAUCAGAUCAGUUGGCCGUGUCAGCGCUGGGCUAUGCGCUUCGGCCAACCUUGAAUCGAAAGAAUGCAAGCAAGUUCAAACGUCUCAACGCUGUCCUUAUGUGCCCCCGAAGUGGUGGAUUGGACAGUCUGUUACUUCUCACACAGGGCGAAGAGCACGCACGAGUCCCUUGUACGCCAUCGUUGCGAUUUUUUUCCCUUCUGAUUCUAGCGUUACAUCACCCACCGGGUCAACACUGCUCGAACAAGCGUCACAAGAGCAUGGAUUGCCCGGCAACAUGCUCGGAGAAUAGCAUAUCUUGAGAGGGUAUCAACCAUCGUACAAUGAAGAAGGAAACUACGUGAACAAACUGCAGAACCCCCGUCACUGGACAUGCAAGACGAAGUAGCCUAACAAUGACAGCGCGAGAACUCA